AUGCUAGACACGGGAUCUAAUCAAGAAAAGGGCUUAGGAAAAGAAAGUAAUACCUCACACUCCUCGACAGGAUUUAUAAUUGGGGCCAUUGCCCAUAGGACUGCUGAUCCCAUAGUCUGGAAAUCAUCACAACCAGUAUGGGUCGAGCAAUGGCCCUUAACAUCUGAGAAAAUAGCAGCAGCCCGACAAUUAAUUGAUCAGCAAUUAGCAGAGGGACAUAUAGAGCCAUCAAAUAGUCCCUGGAACACACCCAUAUUUGUAAUAAAAAAGAAAUCAGGCAAGUGGAGACUUUUGCAAGAUCUAAGGGCCAUAAAUGACACCAUGGAAGAUAUGGGCUCCUUACAACCUGGAUUGCCCUCCCCUGUGGCAAUUCCACAGGAGUAUUGUGUUGUUGUUAUUGACUUACAGGAUUGUUUUUUCACUAUACCUCUUCACCCGGCUGAUUGUCAAAGAUUUGCAUUCAGCAUACCAUCAGAAAACUUUAAACAGCCUUAUCAGAGAUAUCAAUGGAAGGUUCUCCCACAAGGGAUGAAAAAUAGUCCUACAUUAUGUCAAAAGUUUGUAGAUCAGGCAUUGCAAGUUAUUAGAAAGAAAUUUUCAGAUCUAUAUCUUAUUCAUUAUAUGGAUGAUAUUUUACUAGCUCAUAAAGAUCGGGCUACUUUACAGGAAAUUCUUACUCAGACCGUCCUUGCUUUAGAAGAACAUGGUCUAAAAAUAGCCCCAGAAAAGAUUCAGACUGAACCUUCUUUUUCCUACUUAGGCAGAAUAUUACAUACCUCUACUAUCACCCAUCAGCCUUUACAAUUAAGAAAAGAUCAUUUAAACACAUUAAAUGAUUAUCAGAAACUAUUAGGUGAUAUCAACUGGGUCAGGUCAUAUCUAAAAAUAACCACUCUUGACUUAAAACCUCUAUUUGACAUUUUAAAGGGAGAUUCUAACCCUAAGUCUCCCCGACAAUUAACUGUAGAAGGAGAAAAGGCUAUAGCAAAAAUAGAACAGGCCAUCAAUAAACAGCAACUACAGUAUCUAGAUUAUUCCAAAUCUUGGGCCUUAAUUAUUCUAGCCACUAAAUAUACUCCUACAGGAUGUUUAUGGCAGGAAGGACCAUUAGAAUGGAUACAUUUACCUGUCACUCCUAGGAAGAUUGUACCAUCCUAUCCUUCCCUAGUGGCCACUCUCAUUAUCAAAGGUAGACGACGCAGUAUCGAACUCUUUGGAAGAGAAGUUACUGAGAUAAUAAUACCUUAUAAAAGAGAACAAUUAGACACACUAUUACAAUUUGAAGAAGAGUGGCAAAUAGCUAUAGGUAACUUCCCAGGACAAAUUUUACAUCAUUUGCCAAGAUCACCUAUAUUGCAAUUUCUCUCCCUACAUCCGUUUAUAUUUCCUAUUAAAUGUUCAAAAGAGCCAUUAUCACCUCCUGCCUCCUUAGUAUUCACAGAUGGCUCCUCUAAUGGUAGGGCAGUGACAAUCAUUGACUCAAUAACCCAUGUUCAACAAACCCUAGAGACGUCAGCCCAGAGAACAGAGCUUUUGGCAGUCAUUUAUGCUUUUGAACAAUUGCAACAGGUUCCCUUUAACUUGUACACUGACUCUCAAUAUAUAGUUAAAUUAUUUCCUCAUAUUGAGACCGCCUCUCUCCCACAAGGAAGAACAGCCAUUUUCUCUUUGUUAACUCAGCUACAAACUUACAUUCAUAAACGAGAAAAGGCUUUCUAUAUUGGACAUAUUAGAGCUCAUUCCUGCCUACCAGGACCCUUAAGCGAAGGAAAUUAUCAGGCGGAUCUACUAACUCGCCCAGUAGUUUGUACAGCUCUAGAAGAAGCCCGGCGGUCUCAUGCCAUUCACCAUCAAAAUGCUUCUGCUCUCCGUCUAUAUUAUCGCAUAUCUAGAGAAGCUGCUCGAAGUAUUGUGCGUGACUGCGGCCAUUGUCCUACUCAUUUUCCUAGCCCUGCUACUGGAGUUAAUCCAAGAGGACUUAGACCCUGUGACUUAUGGCAGAUGGAUAUUACUCAUGUCCCAUCUUUUGGCAAACUUUGCUAUGUGCAUGUUUGUAUUGAUACCUUUUCUCAUGUUAUCCUUGCUUCUGCACGUACAGGAGAAGCCUUUAAAGAUCUGACCCAGAGGGCACAGCUUACUCCUCCUCGGACACCGACACCACCAUCAAGCAUGGCCCUGAUGGACCCUUUGAUGCAGCCCUUCAACUCUCUGACGCUUCGGGAAGCCCGUCACCAGUGA